UAAAUGCUUUAAAUAGAUCUGAUGAUGAGUUAAUUUGUUUUUAAAAAUUAUUGUCCUUGGGUAAGAAUCUCGUUUCUUUAAAAAUAGGCGGGUUUGCAUUAUUUACUGUAAAAGAAUUGGAUGUAGAGAAAAUGAAUGAAAUUUUGCUAAUUCUGUAAGUGAAGUUAAGGCUAAAGAUAUGUGUUAUGGCCAGUUCUUCUAAUGUUUCUAUUGACGAAAGUGAUUGUGAUACUACAUAUAACAGUAUUACUCCUGAGCAAAAUGGUGUAACUGCUACUGAUGGAGUUGUUGAUCGAUUUGGUUUUAUUGGAAACAAAAAUCCAAAUUAUUCCACUAUUUUGCCAGUAGAAGUUCUAAGGCAUAGAGAACUGAAAUGGCUAGAAAUGUUAGAAAAUUGGGACCUUUUUAUGACAAAAAAGUAUAAAAAGGUGAGGGAACGUUGUAGAAAAGGAAUUCCUCCUGCUAUUAGAGCUAGAGCAUGGCAAUAUCUAUGUGGAGCGAAAUUCUAUAUGGAUAAUUAUAGACACAAAUUUACUGAAUUAGAUAGUGCUGCAGGAGACCCAAGAUGUGUUGAUGAUAUCAAGAAAGAUCUUCAUCGUCAGUUUCCAUCUCAUGAAAUUUUUGUUAAAUCCCAAGGUCAUGGCCAGGCUGAUUUGUUCAGGAUAUUGAAAGCAUAUUCUUUGUUUAAUCCUACUGUUGGAUAUUGCCAAGCACAAGCGCCAAUUGCUGCUGCCUUAUUAAUGCAUAUGCCAGCAGAGCAAGCAUUUUGGUGUCUAGUAGCCAUAUGUGAAAAAUAUCUGCCUGGUUAUUAUAGCCCUGGUUUGGAAGCUAUCCAAAUUGAUGGUGAAAUUCUGUUUGGCCUUAUGAAAAAAGUUUCUCCCACUAUCUACAAACAUUUGAAAAAGCAAAGGGUGGAGCCUAUUCUCUACAUGACAGAAUGGUUCAUGUGUGCUUUUUCAAGAACGUUACCAUGGUCUACAGUGUUAAGAGUGUGGGAUAUGUUCUUAUGUGAAGGAGUCAAAAUAUUGUUCAAAGUAGCUUUAGUUAUUUUGAAGACAGUUUUUGCAAGAGCAGAAACUUUAAAAAAUUGUCCUUCUAUGUAUGAAACUCUUGAGUGCCUAAGACAUAUUCCUGUUGAAUAUUUACAAGAUGAUUAUCUUAUCUAUCAGGUUUUAAAACUGAAUAUAACUGAGCAUGAUAUGGAAAAAGAACAUCAAAAACAAAUAGCUAAAAGACGUGCUUUGAGAGAACAGCAAAUGAUGCAAGAAAGUUUGAAUGGAACUUCUAAGAAAUCAAAAGUGCCCCACAGUAAAGAUUAAGUCACCUCAUUAUGCAUUUUUAAUGAAAAUAAUAUUGCGACUAUUUUUUAAAAAUCAUUUCUCUUAUUUUCACUCCAUAUUUUAUAUUUUCUAUUUCUCAGCAAUAUAUGGUUUACAACAGGGCUUCUUAAACUUUUUUCACUUUUGUGCUUUUGCCUAUCAGAAAAAUUUUGCAGUAAUUUCAUUACUAGAAUAUUAUAGAAUAAAAUAUUAAAUGAUAAUUAAAAUCUUAUUUAAAUAUAAAAAUGUUUCAUUUUUACUGAAUUAUUUUCAAAAACGAUGAUUUUUUAAUGUAUUCGUACUUCAAAAUGUAGUAGAAUCAGAAAAAAGAUCCAUGAAAAUUUUUGUGACCAUCAUAGUUUUUUAAAUGACUACAUUUGGCAACAUUAUUCAUAGUUUAAGGAGCCCUAGUUAUGAAAUAAUUAUUAGGUGUAAAGACAAAGAAAAUGUCUGUUCUCCUAAUAAUAAUAAUUGUAAAUUUUCGAAUAAUGUAUAAAUAUUCAGAUUUAUAUUGUUUUUAUUUGUAACAAAUAUGAUGAAUUUCAAGCAGCGUUUUCUUCUUAGAACUCUUGGCAUAAAGCUGUUGUAAUUUAUGAUUUUUUAAAAAAAUCUUUUUCUAUAAAUAUCACUGGUGAUUUUUUUUCAAUGAUUUUAAUCUAGUCUAAGUUAUGUUUUUGUUACACAUUUUUAUAUUUAUGGUGAGCACAAUUUGUGUACUGGUUUGUUUUCUAAAUAAUUUUUUCUGCAAAAGUUAGGGUGUAUAUGUUUUUUUUUUAUUAUUAUUAUUAUUAUUUAAUUCAUUUUUUGAAAAUCAUUCUAAAACUCUUGUUUGAUUAUUAUUAGAAUCAGGACUUUGAAUUAAGACAAAUCAAUUACUUCUCUUUUAUAUUCUUCAAGAUUUUUAUGCCAUUAAUUAUCUUUUUAAAAAGUUCUUUGCUAUUUUUUUUUCAAUCUUUAUAAUAAGAAAAAUAAGUCAGUGACAACUCAACUUGGACUGUUUGAAGAAAGCUACUAAGUUUAUCCAGGUACCUAAAAAUAACUUACAUAUUUGAACAGAAUUUAUUUUCAACUCUAGCAAUUAAUAUUCUAGAUGUUGUAGAUAAAACUUUAUAUUUAAAAUGAAAAUUUUUUUUAAUUUCCUGGACUUUUUUUGUUAACAUGAGUAGAAACAUUCCCAUCAACUUUUACUAAUGAUGCAUUGAUUUAUAACUUUCUAUAUACUGACAAAUUGUGUUGUCACAACUCUACAAACUCAGUUAUUAUUUUUAUUUUUU